AUGUGUAGGGUUGUGUGCAGGGGCCAGAGAACUGGAGGUCAGAGUCGAGUGCGUCGUGGCGACGCUAGGGGCAUGGCGGGCGCUCUUGCGCUCGCGGGGGAUUGGGUCUGGGUGUGGGCAUCGUAUGGGUGUUAUGGUUCAGCGUCGGACUCAUCGUCUUCUGAGUCCUCGUCUGGGGGUUCUGGUUCGUCCUGGAAGGAUGGGGUUUCUUUUGGCAUGUGCUUUUCUCCCGUGAAUGUGAACGCGCCGGAGUCUCUUAUGAAGAUGGAUAGGGCCGUGAUGCCUUUGGGGGUUCCCAGUAGUUCUGGGAGUGCCAGUUCACGGUCGUGAUCACGUAGCUUGGCCCGUUGGUCCUCGUACCGUUCGCAGUCUCUUAUAAUGUGCUCGCGCGUCUGUGGGUCCACUCCGCAUUCGCAGUUUGUGGUUUUCUCUGGGAAGAAUUGUCUGCGGAAUUCUCCUGUAUACGCGUGCCCGGUUCGACACUGUACCAAGCGGCCGAAGACUUCACGCUGGUCUUUGAGUUCGACGAAAUGUUUGGAUGGGUUGAGGGAAGGGGGAAUCCUGUUGGAUAUGCGAACCUCCCCUUUGCGGUGGAACUUUGCUGCGUACAACUGUCCCGGCCUCGGCUUGGGGUCGAAUAUGGCUUCAGCUGCUGCUGAGUUGUCGACGAAGUAGUGUAUUGUUGAUAUUUCCGGGUGGUUUGCAAUGUAUUUCACUGCCAAGCUUGCGCCCAUCUUCAAUCCCGCCAUUUCUGCGUCGUAUACCUCCGCCCUUCCUCCCAUUCCCAUUCUCCCCACAAACACCUCCCUUCCCUCAUGGUACCCGACCGCUCCCGCGCCGACCUGUGGAAAUCCCUUCUUCUUCACCAUGGACCCAUCCGUGUACACUACGAGGCUUUCUUUUCU